UUCUCAUUUAAUUUUAUUGUAAAUCAUGUUCAGAUUCAAAAUUAGCCCCUUCCCAACGGUAAAUUUAUUUGUAGCUACAAACAUCACAACAUAAUAUAUAGCUUCAUUUAAAACAUGUAUCCUAUUUUUAGACACAAUCAUUUCCUUAUACCAUAAAGUCUAAAUGACAUCUCAUUACUUUUAUCUAUUGAUCUUUUAUUUUAUAUUUACUUUUAAACAAUAACAAUAUAAUUAUAUAUAAAGGUAAACAUUAAAACUCUAAUUAAACUUUUAAAACUAAAUGGGUCUAAUAAUCACUUCAUUAUUAUUUGUUUUGAAUCUGAUGUUUUAAAUUUAAACGAAACAAUCAAGGUAAAAUUAGAGAGAAAGUUAGAAGCAAAAGGAUAGCAAGCAUCCAUUUUUUUUUUCAUUGAUUUUAAUUUCUUUUCAAAAUAAAAGUUGAAUUUUUAGUUCUUUUUGGAAUAAAAAACAAAUGGAAGAAUAUAUUAGAAAAAACCAUAAAAUUUACUGUUUUGUUUAUUUUUUGAAAAAUUGUGAAAAAACUUUUAUUCUUGACAGAUAAGCAAAAAUUGACAAAUAUGAAAGGAUAAAUACUACACACCAUUGUUUAGCAUAUAGCGAAAGAAAAGGGAUUUUUUUUGUAACUUAGCAGAAAAGAACCUGUUUUUCAAAAUAAAGAAAAACAUUCCGUUUUUCUUCUAUUAUUUAAUUUCGAUUUUGGACCCAUUUUUUGGUUUUUAAACAACAAUAGUAAUAAUAAAUAAAUAUCUAAAAAACAGUAAAAACAAAUUUUAAAAAACGUCCCCGUGAUUCCCUUUUAGCCCAUAAAUAGCCAUUCGGCAUUUGGUACUAAGCUGACUCCUUUUCAACGCACCGCCAAAAACGUUUAGUUUUCCCGUCACUAUCUUAAAACGACACCUCCUCCGUCGUUUUGAUACCAAAGGAAUCAAAUCUCUCAUCUCUUUUUAUUUGUUUUAUUUUAUUUUUAUGUUUAUUUAUUUCUCUCCCUCAAGAAAAUAAAAAAUAAAGACACAAAAAAUGGCUUCUCCAUCUCCAUCUCCAUCUCCUCCUCUCGACGGCGAAGACAAACAUCCGACCACCGUCGAUGGCGGAGACGAACCAAACAGAUCGCUUUCGUCUCCGUCUCCAUCGCCACCGUCGUUCUCCUUCAAACGCUUCGACAUCGUCAGCGACUACUCCGAUCACCAUUACGCCGAUUCAAACCUCUUCCCGAACUGCAUUGGAUCAGACGUCUCGAAGAAGAUCAUGAGAGAAUGGAAGAUUCUCGAAAGAAAUCUUCCGGAAUCAAUUUUCGUUCGCGCUUACGAAGAGCGAAUCGAUCUGUUAAGAGCAGUAAUCGUCGGUCCAUCCGGAACACCAUAUCACGACGGAUUAUUCUUCUUCGAUUUAGCCUUCACUUCAGACUAUCCAAUUACUCCACCAAUGGUGUAUUACCAUUCCUACGGAUUGAGAUUAAACCCUAACCUAUACGAAGACGGUUACGUUUGCUUAAGUUUAAUCAACACCUGGGAUGGAAAAGAAGAAGAGAGAUGGAAUCCAUCAAUUUCAACAGUUCUACAGAUUUUAAUAUCGAUUCAAGCGCUGGUGUUGAAUGAGAAGCCGUAUUUCAACGAACCGGAGUUGGAAGAAGAAGAAGCGGAUGAUCAAGGGGAGAUUUACUCAGAUGCGUAUAAUAAGGAAGUGUAUUUGUUGUGUUGUGAGAUGAUGAUGAGAUUGAUGAAGAAUCCGGUGAAGAAUUAUGAAGAAUUUGUGAGGAAUUACUUUGGGGAAAAAGGGGAAAGGAUAUUGGCGGCAUGUGAAGCAUAUUCCGAUGGAAGAGUUAGGGUUGGGAGAUACAAUGAAAAUGAAAAAGAGAACAACAACAUCAACAACAACAAUAAUAAUAAUGGUGAGACCUGUAAACGAGGGGAUGUUUCUGCCAUUUUCAAGGCGUUAAUGGAGAAGACACAUCGGGAUCUGCACGCAGCUUUUCUCCAUUUCUGCACCUCCUCGUAGACGGUACGAACUUCCAGCUUUUUUGCCUUUUUUUCUUUUUCUUUCUUUUUAAAUUAUACAGAAAUAUUUCGGGUUAAUCAUAAGAAAAUUAUUACUUUCUUUUUAGCCACAAAAUUACUCUUAGAUUAAUUGGGACUUGGAAUGGUGUGACAGACAUGUUUAGAGAAGAAGUCUCGAGUAAUUCGAGCAAUAUUGCAAUUUGAAAUAAAUAAAUAGUUUAUGAGUGUUUUCUUUA